AUAUCCAUAAGCCGAUAUAAGCCGAUCUAACGGUGUAUCAGUAGUGCAUCGGGAACGUGUGAGAAUGGAUUUUUCGCAGUAUCGGAAAGCCCUGAUUUACCUUCUAACUUUCCUAGCGUACGCGUGGUCUGGCUAUGGCGCUGGUUUAUUAUCGAAUUUAAGAGAUGCUGUGUUAGUGGCAGAGUCGGUUUUUCAGGAUUUCUUCGAAAACGCGAUCACCGUGGCUAGAAAAAUCAAAGACAUACACGAAGUGUUUGACGCAGCCGUGGAAGAAACCUGCGUCUUCCAGUGUCCAGGAGGAAUCCCACCGAAACCGGAUUGGAACCAUAAACCGCAGAGCAACGGAUGCGGUUCUCUGGGAAUCGAAAUAAACCAAGAGUACUUGCCACUUGCAGAAAUGACUAAAUGUUGCGACGCGCACGAUAUCUGUUACGAUACUUGUAAUUCGGAUAAGGAAAAGUGCGACUUGGAAUUUAAGAGAUGUUUAUAUAAAUAUUGCGAAGGGUAUCAGUCGUCCACCGUGAUUAACACGUGCAAAACUGCCGCAAAAGUGUUGUUUACCGGUACCACGGCUUUAGGAUGCAAAAGUUAUAUGGACGCUCAAAAAGAAGCUUGUUACUGCGGAGAUAAAUGGAAUAAGAACAAGAAACCGAAGAAAGCAGCUCAAGCGGGUGGAGAGCUAUGAUAAACGUCUUACUUCCUUUCAUCCUCGUUUGCCUCGUAACUCUAACACGCGAUCAUUUAAUCCUAUCUGAAACUUUUAUUGUUUUAUAUUUCUAUUUGAAAUACGAAAAUAUAAGAUGUAAAAUGUAAUAUGUAAAAAUAGAAAAUAGAA